UUUGUUUUAAUUUUUUAAAGGCCGAUUCCAAAAUUAGGAGAGAGAUUUGGGAAAGAGAUCAGAUUCCUUUUCCUAUUCCUUUCCAUUCUUCUUCGACGCAAUGUUCAGUAUUCUCUCUCUCUCUCUCUCUCUCUCUCUCUCUCUCUCUCUCUCUCUCUUUGUUUGGAAAAGAACAAAAACAUACUAAUAUUUCAACUGCUCAGAAAAAGACGCCAAACGCCGUCGUUUUAAUUUUUGUUUUCCCUCUCGAUCUCUCCGCCCAAAUCUUUUUUUUUUUUUUUUUUAAAAUAAGCCAAACAGAUAAUUUCUGUUUCCUCCUUCCUUCCGAUCCUUUCCGAAGCGAUUCCUUGAUUAAAAGCCAUUGCUUCGAAAUGAGCACGGGUGACCUUCUCAGCAUCGAUCCUUUAGAGCUCAAGUUUCCUUUUGAGCUGAGGAAGCAGAUCUCGUGUUCUCUUCAAUUGUCGAAUAAAACUGAUAAUUAUGUAGCUUUCAAGGUGAAAACAACAAAUCCCAAGAAGUACUGUGUUCGUCCCAACACGGGGAUCGUCUUGCCUCGAUCUACAUGCGAUGUGAUAGUUACCAUGCAAGCGCAAAAAGAGGCUCCUCCUGAUUUGCAAUGCAGGGACAAAUUCCUCCUUCAAAGUGUAAAAGCAAAUGAUGGUGCAUCCCCAAAAGACAUAACUGCGGAAAUGUUCAACAAAGAAGCUGGGCAUGUGGUUGAGGAGUGCAAGUUGAGAGUGGUUUAUGUUUCUCCACCUCAACUACCUUCACCUGUGCAUGAAGGAUCAGAAGAAGGGUCUUCACCAAGAGGCUCUGUUUCAGACAACGGGCAUGCAAAUGCUGCUGAGUUUACUAAUGCUGCAAGAGCAUUCACUGAACAGCUUGAAGCUCAAGAUAAAUCUUCUGAGAUAUCUGCAUUCCGGGAAAAACUGGUAAGAGGGUGGUUUAGAAUCAAAUUCGUUUCUAAUUGUUUAGACCAAAAUGUAUUGAGCGAGUUUAAAGCUGUAAUUCAGUUGGCUGUACUGGGGCGAAAUCAAGCAGUUGCAUCUUUUUGGUUGAAUCAGGGUGCCGUCUAAGAUAUAUUUAUAGAUAUAUAUAUAUAUAUAUAAAUAUAUAUUUAUAAUAGAGUCUGCUACAUUUACAAUUAGGAAUAACUUAUAUUAAGUUCACUAAUUGCACAAUGAUUACAAGAGUUGACCACAUGAAUAGGGAGAUCUAUUUUGGAAGAGAUGUACCAUCAAUUUGUCUCUUAUUCAAGUUGGGCUCACUAAAUGCAGUGUCAAUUAAGUUAUUUUGCAGCUAGGAGGCACAUGCUUUUUCCUUUGAACCCUUCUGGCAAAAUUUCCCCUUAUGCAUGUGCAUACAUAGCCAGCUUUUGCAGCAUUGGGCCUGAAUCUCUUUUUUUUUUUUUUUUUUUCUUGUUAAUUGACAUAUCUUGUAUGUAACGUUGAUACAGUGCAAGUAUAAUAAGCCUCAAUAUUCAAUAAUACUUUC